CAAAAUGAAAAACAGACUUUGGGAAGAAGAGAGAUGGCGGAGGAGGGGGUUGAGACUUGGUUUCAUAUGUCGACGCACACGGGAGCAGGGAAAAUGAGAGAGGGAAGGAGGAGGGGGAUACGCUUGGAAUUGCAGUUUGACGGCGUCGUCGAAAAGUUCCACACAAAGAAUGGACCAGCAGCCGGUAGGGACUGGAGGACAAACUUUCAUGGAUUUGAUGGAGGGCAGUUUCUUUCAAGGCAGUCGAUAUAUGGAGCAUUAAAUGUGGACUUCUCUGGAGAGACACACGAGAAGGAUUCAUUUUUUUCCUCCAUACGGAUUUGGAUCUAGCUUGAAGGAGCUGAGUGAGCACAUUUUGGGGUAACAUCUCGAGAGGAAAUGGGGAGAAAAGUAAAAAUAAGUGAGGAGUAGGCUAGACGGCUUCAUCCUCGCUUUAAUGAACUCGUCUAUGUUCGAAUAUGCAAGGUUACUGAGUGGUUUUAUUUUCACAUAGCGUUGCAUGGUUUAAAACGAUGACAUUAUUUACCUACUGUUAGAUGAAUGAAUUAAGGCACAAUAAUCAGAGAGCUGUCAGGGCUUUGUUUCGGCAUGACAACUGUUGAGCGAGUGCAGGGUAACAUUUCUGUUGGUGUAAUUUGAGUAUGAAACAGUUUAAAUGUUGGUUCAAAGGGGUAGGCUACUUUGUAGCACUGGCGAUGUAACUCUUAAGUGAAGUUAAGUCUUUUCGUUCCAUUCGUUGGGAAUCUACAACCCCUCCCCAGAAUUUGUUUUAAUUGUAGGCUACUAUAGGCUACAGUGAUAGGCCUAUCGAUAAAACAUAUGGCUAAGAACAGCUGUCUUUUGACCAUUGAAACGGAUCAGAGAUGAUGUGGCUAUGAUCCAUUAUAACUGGAGACUUAGACCGAACAAUUGCUAUAUUUGACCUACAUGUGACGUGAAUCACCCUGUCUUUGAUGGCGUUUUUUGUCGUUCGAGGAGAUUCUGAUCGUAAUUACACUUUCACAGCACAGAUUCGGUGCACACAAGCUGGACACUGCUUUUCGGUGCGAAGAUUGUUUUUCAGUUUAGUUUGUAGUCCACAACUGGACAACGACGAUAUUCCAGCGGCCACUACCGGGACAGGCAUCUUGACUGAGAGCCUGGUGGUCGACCAAGACCACUCUGCAGAUUCAUUUUUUUGCCGGAUUUGAUGCUGAACCUGGAAUCUACCUUAAUUCGCUUUUAAACGGAGAACGCCACAUCCUGUGUUUUAUGCCUGACUGUGACCAGGCAUGCAGCUGAAUCGACCAAAGAGCGCUCUAAUCAGCUUCACUCCACCGCUGUUGCCCUCAGAGACACCACAUUCCUUUUCCAGUCAGUUCAAAACAAUGCGGUUUUCAUACCACAUCAGCAGCGGCUUGCCGAGUCCUCAGCCGGUCCUGCGAAGGAUAGGCCCCUCGUCCUCUAGUCCUCGGCUCCUAACAAAGAGCCUCUCCCUGGAGCCUGGAACUGGUCCUUGCCUUGAGGCGCACGAGACCCCCCAACGUCUCUGCUCCGACCCCGGUCCUCUAGGGCCUCCGCACUGCAAUGGCACCAGUGAGAACGGAGCACAGGACACGCCCCCCAUGGCCCCAAAGACACGGCCGCCUUUGCCUGGUCCAAAACCACAAGUGCCCCCGAAGCCACCUCAUCUACAGCAGAGUGCACGGCGACCCCGGCCCCCAGACAAGCCUCUGCCCCCACCACCGCCCUGCAGGCCUCUCCCGGCGGACCCCCGCGCACCCCGGCCUGCAGCCCCCCGGGCCGAGGGGACGUCGUCCCCCACCUGCGUCCACUCCCUCAUCGAGAAAUUUGAGAGAGAGCAAAUCAUUGUGGUGCCAGAUAUCACAGGAGGGGUGAUGUGUGUCCCAAGAGUCCCUGACCAAUCAGGAAGUGGUGCUAGUACCCCCCCAAUGUCAGACACCCCCCUGCCCUGCCCCCUCCCUCAGGAUGCGCUGGAGAUGCCGCUGUCUUCCGCUGAGAGGGAGAAAGAGGACAUGGAGGAGGAACUGGAUGACAACGAGGAGGAGAGCGAGGAACUGGGUGCCUCUUGCUCGGAAAAACGCCUGUCUAUGGAGUCAGGCUAUAGUGCCUCCGAUAAACUAUUGGAUGCAGUGGAGAUGAGAGAUCUGAUGGCGAGCCAAUCAGAUGUCCCGUCUGACCGGCUGUCCCUCCCACCUCAGCAGACGGACGGGAAGCUGGCCAAUAGGGACAGUGGCAUCGACAGCAUCAGCUCCCCAUCUCACAGUGAGGAGUUGUGCUUUGCCGUCGACGACGACAGGGUUGGCCCCGAACGCGAGAUCUACCCCUGCAGCCCUCUGCCGACUCUUCCUCGCCUCUCCUCCUCAUCCUCGUGCGGCUAUGCAGACGGGCAGGGAGAGGAAGGUGGGGCGUCCGGUGGAGGAGCGCGAGACUCGGAAGGAGACAGCGACCUUGAGGAGGGGAGUGGAGAUGAAAGCGAGGUCAAUCCCAUGGCCCUGCAGCCUCUCACCCUUCCCAAAACAGAGAGGCAAGACUCCGCUGAGCUCUCGAUUCAGCAGAGGGUGUUCAACAUCGCCAACGAGCUGCUGCACACAGAGAAGGCCUAUGUGACGCGGCUACACCUCUUGGACCAGGUGUUUUGCGCCCAGCUGAUGGAGGAGGCGCGAUCGCGGGGCUCCUUUCCCUGCGAGGUGGUCAUGGGCAUCUUCUCCAACAUCUGCUCCAUCUACUGCUUCCACCAGCAGUUCCUGCUGCCAGCGCUGGAGAAGCGAAUGGAGGAGUGGGAGCAGAAUCCUCGUAUUGGGGACAUCCUGCAGAAGCUCGCUCCCUUUCUGAAGAUGUACGGGGAGUAUGUGAAGAAUUUCGACCGAGCCAUGGAGCUGGUGAACACCUGGAUGGAGCGCUCAUCCCAGUUUAAAGCCAUCAUUCACGACAUCCAGAAAGAGGAGCGGUGUGGAAACCUGACCCUGCAGCACCACAUGCUGGAGCCGGUGCAGAGGAUCCCGCGCUACGAGCUCCUGCUCAAAGACUACCUGCACAGGCUCCCUGAGGACGCCGACGACUUCAAGGAUGCACAAAAAUCUCUGGAGCUGAUCGCCACAGCUGCCGAGCACUCCAACGCAGCCAUCAGGAAGAUGGAGCGCAUGCGAAAGCUGUUGAAGGUGUACGAGUUGCUCGGAGGAGAAGAGGAUAUCGUUAACCCUACUAAUGAGCUCAUUAAGGAGGGGCACAUCCUCAAACUCUCAGCCAAAAAUGGAACCUCGCAGGAUAGAUACCUCAUACUGUUCAAUGACAGGUUACUGUACUGUGUUCCAAAGUUGCGGCUCAUAGGGCAGAAAUAUGGAGUCAGAGCCCGGAUAGAUGUAGACGGCAUGGAGCUGAAAGAGACCAGCAGCAUGAACGUCCCAAGGACAUUCCUUGUGUCAGGGAAGCAGCGUUCGCUGGAGCUUCAGGCCAGGACUGAGGAGGAAAAGAAGGACUGGAUUCAGGCUAUCCAGGCUACUAUCCAGAGGCAUGAACAGACUAUGGAGACGUUCAGGAUGCUGAAUUGUUCCUUCCGCGAAGAGGACUACACUCCUCCCAACUCUCCUAACUGCACAGAACUAGGGAAGCGUGCCCCAACACCUAUCCGAGAGAAGGAGGUGACUCUGUGUAUGAAGUGUCAAGAGCCGUUCAACUCCAUCACCAAGAGACGCCACCACUGCAAAGCCUGUGGCCAUGUGGUGUGCGGAAAAUGCUCAGAGUUCCGCGCUCGCCUGUUGUACGACAACAACCGGGCGAACCGUGUGUGCGUGGACUGCUACACCACGCUUGUGGGAGUGCCUCCUUCUCCUGCCAACUUGAUCAGCAGUACCCAGAGACGUCGCUCCAUCCUGGAGAAACAAGCCUCCGUGGCAGCAGAAAACAGCAUCCUCUGCAGUUUCCUGCACCACAUGGAGAAGGGAGGGGGGCGUGGCUGGCAGAAAGCCUGGUUUGUCAUUCCAGAGAAUGAGCCUUUGGUGCUCUACAUCUAUGGUGCACCACAGGAUGUGAAAGCGCAGCGCAGUAUUCCGCUCAUCGGGUUCGAAGUCUCCCUCCCGGAGCCAUGUGACCGGCUGGAGCGCCGCCAUGCCUUCAAGAUGAGCCAGAGUCACCUGACGGUCUUCUUCAGCGCCGACAGCGAGGAGCUACAGCGGCGCUGGAUGGAGGUCCUAUCACGAGCCGGCAGGGGAGAGGAGCUACAGUCCCACGGGCCAAUCUCGGAGGCCCUGGAGGAAGAGGGGGAGGAGCUAGCCCCCGUGGGAGAAAGCACAUGAUUUGUCUAUAAACAAAAAAAUGUUACAGAUAUCAUCCCCUUUUUGCACACACUCGAAAAAACUUUACAAAAACACGAGCGUACAUGAACAGUUACAAACCACAGACACACCCUCUCCGAUACAAACACACGCUAAAACACAGACACACAGACACAGACAGACACACACAAACACACACAUACACACGCUCACUUCUCUGUACUAAGUGUCAGUUGUCAGUUGCAUGCAAUAUCUACAAGGUACGUUUCUCCGUGUAUUGCUCAUCUUGUGAGUGACCAGUGUUUGCAAUCCUGCCAAAGUGUACACACCCUCAAAGAAGACGCAUCAGAGACAAAACACCAUAUACGCUCUUACUGAAUAGAAAACCCCCUUUCCCUCUGGCUAGUGAUACUUCUUCUGUUGUUCAGUUGCAUAGCACCCCACUCUUUCUGCCAAACUUUGCUGUGUUGUUUAUUAAUGAGUGAGGUCUGUUUGGGGUGGAGUGUUUGUAACUUUGUUCUUGCUGGCAGAAGGAUCGUGAUAUUUCUUACUUCGCUGUGACAGUUCUGUUAAUGUCAUUGAGUGUAUUUACAUGGAAAGGAGCGGUCAAGUUCAGUUGUGGGAAAUGGUGAGCUUACGGACGGAGAAGAGAGAAGAGGACAGGAGAGGAUAUGCCACUGUUAGCCUCCAUGCUGAUGACACUCCAGCUUGCACAAUUAGAGAGACUGCAGUGUGUCACUGAUGGGUGAUGGCGCAAAGGGUUUUAGAGACUUUGUAUUUUUUAGAGAGAUGUAUGUACGUACGUAUAAUCUGGCAAUAGGUCCCUGUCCUGUUAUGGUUCCCAUAGUGGUGCUUGUACAAGCAUAUACAUAGACACUUUAAAGAACACCUAGAAGGGGUCAAAUGGCUCUGAGUUAUUCAGCAAAAUCUCCCAUAGACAGGGCAACCCCCAAGGGUGCUAUAUUAUGAUUAUUAAAGACCAAUCAAGCAAUUCAGCCACUUUUAACAAUCUUAUUAGGGUUAGUGUCUAGUGCCUGUCCAGUGUGCUAGACGCAGGCUUGAGAGGGCUAAUGCCCCUCAGCACUGUAGAGGGGAUUGGCUUUUUAUGAUGACUAAGUCCUAUUUUACUAAACAGCCCCUCCGCCAUCCAGUGGAGUGUGGCUGUAUUACAGCAUCUUUUUAAGGCUGUCUAACGUUUUUCCCCUCAAUCAAUUGUACAGAAAGAAGAUUAAAAACUUCCAAAUAAGAAAACAAUUUUUCACUGAACAUCUAUUGUUCCAUAUAUAUACAUACAUAUAUAUGGAAUAUAUAUAUAUAUACUUAAUUGUGACAGAAAGUUUAGCUUUUGAAAUAUACACCCUAAAGCUCAUGUUUUUAACUUGAGUAUGCCAUUUUGUGAAUUUGUGCAUGGAAGUCAGGUCAGAGACAGUAAGGCUUUUUUUCUGGUAUUUGAUAAGACUGUAGAUAAUGGGAGCGAAUUUGUAGCAAGAUGAUUUAAAAAAAAGUCUGAAACUGGGGCAGAUUGUUCAUCAUAACAUCAGUGGUAAUGCCUUAUGAAGCAUUUUGAUAAAUAAUAGAGAGAGAAAGUAUAUAUGAAGAAAUACAUGGCAGAUGUUAUGAUUGAAAUAUUGAGUGUUUUGAAUAGCAGUGUUUUUUGUGUAUACAAAAUUACAAAAGGGUAUUGGCACCUGCAUUUGUAAAUAUAAUUUAUUCUCCUCAAAGCCCAGUUUUGUGGGUCUGGUAUCGUUGAGAAGCUUGGUGUUUUCUGUCAUUUGUGAUCUGAUUUGGACUUCUGGUAAAUGUGAUGGAUCAUACUAAUGGGAAUAGCUAUAGGUCUUAUGUCUACUCCCUAUCCGGUGUACUCAAGAAAAGAAACCUUUGAUUUUUGCUUUGAUUUGAUUUCUAAAACACUACUCAAAAUACCUGUAAAAACGAAUUUGUUGUUUUUUGGUACUGUUUGAUCUUGCUCUAUCUUGUCAAACAAUCUAUCUAUUCUAAAGCCAGACCCAACCAGUCAGAAUGCUAAGGGUUGUAUAUAAAAAGUCAUAUUGUGUCAGUUUUUCUUUUCUUCCACGUGUGCUGUCCAGCAAGAAAAUUCAGAGUAUGCGUACUUUAAGUCGUGAGAUGAGUAUAUGGGACAACGUCAACCAGUUCCAGAUGUUAUUAACAUCAUAUAGUGCUGAUUAAUGUCCAGUAUUUGUUGUGAGAGAAAAACAGAGAAGCCUGCCAUUUAGUCUUUCAGUUAUGAAAUGAGAAUGACCAUUGAUACACCUGCUGUAUGAUUAUUUCCCUGCCCCCUCAGCAUUAUAGUUUUCUGAAUCAUGCCUUACAGUAGAAUACUUAGUGUUAUCAUCAUUUUAUUUUACCUCUGCUUUUGCCAAAGUAUACUGCAGGAACACGACUGAGUCAUUGAAUGAGUCAUUCAGUACAUUUCUGUUUAAUUGUGUUUAAUCUAUAUGUGUGUGUGUUUUUUUAUUUUUAUUUUUAUACCUUGUAUUUAUUGUAAUUUUCUUUUUUUUUUAUUCCGGUUGCAUCAGGCCAACACACAAUUCAAGCGUUUUAACAUGUAAAGGUGGUUUGAUGAAAGCAAGUAGAAUCUGUUCAUGUUCAGAUUAAAUAUUCUGUACCUCUAAUUUAAUUUAGUGCAUGAAUUUCUGUUUUUAUUGUUUAUUUUCACUAUUACCAAGGCUUAGUCAGAUUAUGCACACUCUAGCAAGUAAACUUGAGUAGACUGCCGCCUUGGUUACAUCAUGUUCAUGUUAUCCUAAAGCAGUAAUCUUGCCUCAUUUUCGCCGUAUUUAUCCUGGUGACAGAUAUCAGAUUUUUUCUUUGUUGAGUUGCAGUUCAGUGCAUGAUCAUCUUGAGUACAAACGCAUGUAUCGACUUAGGACGCUUCAGCCUACGCCCCCUUUGAAGAGAUAUGUGCGAUAUCUUGAACAUCCAAGCUCCUUUUUUUUUAAUAUUAUACCCUUCUUUGAAUUCAGCAAGGGCUCUGUGCCUCCCUCUUUCAGGAGGCUACUCCUACAGCCAACAUGACCAGAUUAUUGUCGUGUCCAGGGAACAGCUGAGCUAGCGUGGUGCUUUUAGUUACUGUAAUUUAGUUUCAAGACGGGCCCAAUCUGCCAUCACUGCAGAUGUGAAUAGCUUUCACAGAGUUACAACCUAGAUAUGGGAGGGGGGCUGUGUUUCUGGUUAUACUGUUACAACCCUGUGAAGUGGAUGGUCACCACAGUCCAUGACACCUAAGAGUGCUCCUUCUUAUGGGAACGUCUGGCAAGAUUGAAAUGGUAAAUUAUUUGAUUCUUCACAGUGACACUCGUAUGGCUACAUGCUAGCCAAUCUGUGAGAGUGAUAGUCUGUCACCUAGUGACAAGUUUGUAGUGGUCCUCAUUAGCUACAUUUUAAAUCAGGGAUAUCUACAGUUGGCCAUCGGUGGCCUUGUAUCAGUUCACCAUUGGAACCCACCUCAGGAGAUGUUCCUUCACCUAGCUGUGUGUGAGUCUAAAAAUGUCUUUGUGGCCAAACUCAAAUGUGAACCACUCCAACAGUGUGAACUGAAAUGCUGUUGGAAUAAAAAAUAGCUAAUGUAUCUAAUUUAAAAACAUGUUGGUUAUGUAACAAUAAAUCAACCCUAGACCUAUUUAGAUGUUCAUAGCAGACUUUUUAAACUUGCUAUGAACAAUCUUCACUUCAUUUAUUCAAAAUUGAAAAAAAAAGAACAAAUUCUAUCAGCUCGUUGCUUUAUCUCAGAGUUGCCUAACAAUAGGCCACACAUGCUACACGCACAAAACAUGGCUCCCAGGGUGACUGGAGAAAAGUGCUUGACAGCAGAGGCAAAAAAAACAAUCAAAAAGCCGGGGCAGCAAAAGUAUGACAAGGUGCUCGGGUGCUGAUGUUUCUCUAUAUCACUAUAGCUGGAACAGUGAUUGAUUUGUGCCUUUACCUUUUUAUUUCCGGGCUUCAUCCAUUACAUGCCAUACUCCCAGAGAGAGAGAGAGAGAGAGAGAGCAAGUGCCUCAAUCCAUUUGUGCUAGCAGACUCAUACAGCAGCAGUUGAUGCAUCUAUGCACUGUGAGUGAGUAGACUGUGAGUUGGGAGGAGAGAAUAGACUUGCCUGUUAUAUCUUGCCAGACAACCCAAGGAGGAACAUUGGAGGAUGCACAGGGACUGUGAUUGCCUAAAGUGAAAUAUGUUGUAUGUGAUGACAGACAUGAGCAAAGUUCAACGGAUUAAUUAAGGAGCCUUGCUAAACCAAACCUACUAUAUGGCACAGUUUUUCAUGGUAAACUGUUUAGGUUAUUGUAGACAUGACAUGAGUAUUACAACAAUUGCUAUUAUUAUUGUUAUUACUAUUAUUUUAGUGGCAGGCCACUGGGUACCAUUGUAUGUUGACAUCCCGAUAAAAUCUGUGCAAGAUCAUGACAAUGUUUAUGAAUUUAAAAAGAAUAAAAUAAA